AAGUAGCUAGCUGCGGAAGAAUCUGGACCCUUAGAAAAAAAUGGCUUUCCAUGUGGAAGGACUGAUAGCUAUCAUCGUGUUCUACCUGCUCAUACUGCUGGUUGGAAUAUGGGCUGCCUGGAGAACAAAACACAGCGGCAGCUCAGAAGAGCCCAGUGAGGCCAUCAUAGUUGGUGGCCGAGACAUUGGCCUGUUGGUGGGUGGAUUCACCAUGACAGCCACCUGGGUUGGAGGAGGCUACAUCAACGGGACAGCCGAAGCAGUGUACGUACCGGGCUACGGCCUAGCGUGGGCUCAGGCACCCAUUGGAUAUUCUCUUAGCCUCAUUCUAGGUGGUCUGUUCUUUGCAAAGCCUAUGCGUUCCAAGGGCUAUGUGACCAUGUUAGACCCAUUUCAGCAGAUCUAUGGAAAACGCAUGGGUGGGCUCCUGUUUAUUCCUGCGCUAAUGGGAGAAAUGUUCUGGGCUGCAGCCAUCUUCUCUGCCUUAGGAGCCACCAUCAGCGUGAUCAUUAACGUCAACGUGCAAGCCUCGGUCAUUGUCUCUGCACUCAUCGCCACCCUGUACACACUGGCAGGCGGCCUCUACUCUGUGGCCUACACAGAUGUUGUUCAGCUUUUUUGCAUUUUCAUAGGACUGUGGAUCAGCGUCCCUUUUGCCCUGUCAAACCCUGCAGUUACCGACAUCAGGUUCACUGCUGUGCACACCAAAUACCAAAAGCCUUGGCUGGGCACCAUUGAAUCAUUUGAAGUCUACACUUGGCUUGAUAGUUUUCUGUUGUUGAUGCUGGGUGGAAUCCCAUGGCAAGCCUACUUCCAGAGGGUCCUCUCCUCGUCCUCAGCCACCUAUGCUCAAGUGCUGUCCUUCCUGGCAGCUUUUGGGUGCCUGGUGAUGGCCCUCCCAGCCAUCCUCAUCGGGGCCAUCGGAGCAUCCACAGCCUGGAACCAGACAACCUAUGGCACUGAGGAUCCCAAGGCUAAAGAGGAAGCGGACAUGAUUUUGCCAAUAGUCCUAAAGUACCUCUGCCCCGUGUACAUUUCUCUCUUCGGUCUUGGUGCGGUUUCUGCUGCUGUUAUGUCAUCAGCAGAUUCUUCUAUCUUGUCAGCAAGUUCGAUGUUUGCUCGGAACAUCUAUCAGCUUUCAUUCAGACAAAAUGCCUCAGACAAGGAAAUCCUUUGGGUCAUGCGAAUCAUGAUAUUUGUGUUUGGAGCUUCUGCGACAGCCAUGGCCUUGCUAACGAAGACGGUGUACGGGCUCUGGUACCUCAGCUCCGACCUCGUCUACAUCAUCAUCUUCCCACAGCUGCUCUGCGUGCUCUUCGUCAAGGGGACCAACACAUAUGGGGCUGUGGCUGGCUAUGCUUCUGGCCUCUUCCUGAGAAUAACUGGCGGGGAGCCAUACCUGCACCUGCAGCCCCUGAUCUUUUACCCUGGGUAUUACUCAGAUAGGAACGGCAUAUAUAAUCAGAGGUUCCCAUUCAAGACCCUGGCCAUGGUCACCUCAUUCUUAUCCAACAUCUGCAUCUCCUAUCUAGCCAAGUACCUGUUUGAAAGAGGAACCUUGACACCAAAACUAGAUGUAUUUGAUGCUGUCGUUGCAAAGCACAGCGAAGAAAACAUGGAUAAGACGAUUCUGGUCAGAAAUGAAAACAUCAAAUUAGAUGAACUGGCACCUGUGAAGCCUCGACAGAGCAUAACGCUCAGCACCACUUUCACCAACAGAGAGGCCUUCCUAGACAUCGAUUCCAGUCCAGAAGGGUCUGGGACUGAAGACAGUCUGUAAUGACCCUCUUUAGAUAAAACUCUGCUUGCACAGCAGAGGACUACAGCAGGCUAGUCCUGGAAUGAUGGUUUGAAGCAUAUGAAAAUAUAUGUAAAAAAUAAACAUGCUUAAGAGGACAAAAAUCCAUAUAAAGGUGCAAUUGCACAACGCAAGCCAAGCGGGAGGGAAGCCCCUGUGAGGGCCGCAGCUUUCUCCUCGGUGUGCCUCAUCCUCCCCUGAUUUUGUCUUCAGAUAAUUUUGUCAAGUACUCAAAAAUGAAUAAAGGGCCAAACAAGAUAUGUAUCUUUCUUAUGAAAAGGAAAGUAGAUACAAAAAAAGGCCAAGGAGACUGGAGAGUCUUAGCCCUUCUGUGCAGGUGCACUGGUGAGGUUCAUUUAAUUAUUGCCCUGAAGUUAGGAAAUAACUUGCCAUCUCUCCAGUAAACGGAGCAGCGAGUGGGCCUGCUGAUCUUCUUGAUGUGAUGAUUAACCCCUUCUUUCAUGCUCUUAAGUAUAGCAUUUGCUGAAUAUGCAAUUUGUUUUUCUUUUCGUAGUAGCAUAGAUUAUUCUCAACACUGGCAAAGCAAACAAAAAAACAUUGUGUAGUGGCACUUCUUCAUGGGCAAGGUGAUAGGAAAAUAGAACCCAUCCUUGUAGGGGAGCACUGGGCUCCUUUGAGUGUGUCUGCAGAUACUGUGUGCAUUGAGAGGAGUUCUGAGCACAGAAGGCAUAAUUAGCAGGCAACCUUAAAGCAAUAAAUCAAGAAGGCCAUUAAGCAGAAAGUGACAGGAACAAUAGUACAUUUUUACCUGCCUCUGAAGUUUAUAAACUGUUUCUUCAUGAUAAAAGAAGUAACAUUUUAGCUUCCUGUCUGAGUUAGCAUUGGAAGUAAAAUUGAGCCAUAUACAAGGUGAGGUAGCUACAAGGCAGCAGUUAAGGUUAAUGAGGGGAAACUGCACUUCCUGAUAUUGGCCAACUGGAAAAGCAAAACCCACUCAAUUUCAGAUACCCAUCAAUGAGGAUGCUUCAGUGCCAAGAGAACUCUGUGGCACAUUUUCACAUAAACAAGUCCUAGGUACUGGACAAGUCAUUACAAAACAUAUAUAGUGAAUUUUAAAGUGCAGAAGAAAGCAAAAGGAAAAAUAAGUCCUAAAGGGAAGAAGCCACCAAUUUUACCAUUUGGUGUCCACGUAACUUUUGUGAGGUUGGCCAUUAAAUAUUAUUUUGCUCCUUUUCUGGAGUUAAAAAAUAUGUAUCAUAUAUAUUACAUGUAUGUAAUAUAUAUAUGUAAUAUAUAUAGUCAUAUAAUAUAUAUAAUCUCACAUACAUGUAUUUAAUGGUUUGUAUCCAUUUUAGAAUUUCAGAUGCUUUUCCACCAAUCACAUUAUAGAAAUAAUUGGAACAGUGUCUACAACAGCAGAGUGAACUGAUGAGCUGAACACUUACCCGAACACUUACCUGAGCAUUCAGUCCAAUAAAAAAGGCAGCCUGGAUUAUUCAAACUGAAAGAGUUUUUUCCAAAAGUAUUUCUUUUUUGUGAUUCAUAGAGUGAAGUUAAUUCAGUGUUCAAAUUAAAUAUAAAAGUUGUUUUAGGGAAGCUAGAAUUCUUUUUUAAAUUAAUUAUAAUUAUCUAAAAGUAUCUAAUAAUGUAUUUCAUUGUUAUUAAGCAUGAAUUAAAUUUACAGGGUCAUUUUUAAAAUAUGAAAAAUAAUUUUACAUGUUGUAAUGUCCCACAUUUUCAAUGCUUUAUCAAAACUUGAUAAAUAUGACAUUGCAUUCAUAAUCCUUACAGUCCAUUGUCUACAUCUAAAUGAAAAGAUUCUUUUUAUCCAUCUAUUUACUCAGAAUCUAUCUGUGGAGUACUUGGGAGGAGCACAUUUUUGGAAACAGUAAGUGUGGGUCAUCCAAGAUUUUUAGACAUGGACUGAGAAAUUUUUUUGGUGGAAAAAGAAAGCCAGGGGCAGGAAACACAUUAAAGAAAAACCACAGCAAUGGAAACAUUUGACAUGUAAAUGCAAUUAAUUGAAGGAAACCACAGUUCCUGGCAAACAUGAUACUUCAGCAUGCUACCCAUGUACCUACUUUUAACCACUCAUGAGUCUGUGUUACAACCCAUUUAAGUACACACUUCAUUCAGUAGAAGCUCAUUACCCAUAUCAGAAUACAGCUGGGAAACAUAGUCUCUUUAAAGGUAUUUUACAGUUUGGGGAGGACAAAAAUUGUCUAAACAAGUAACCACAUUUAAAUCCAGUGAAAAAGAGUAAAUGUUAAUAGUGAAAAUUUCUUCCAUUCCAUUCAUUUUGUAGUAAAAGAAAGAUAAAAGGGGGGAAAAGUUCAACUUUUCCAAAAUACUAAAAACUAGAUAACUUAAAUAAUUUAAGCUAAUCAUGUUCUAUUUUUAUUUAAUCUGUUAUUCCAUACCUACUCUCAAAUUAGGUAUGUAAAAAACUAGUAUAAAAUUUACUAAUAAAUGUUUAAAUAUUAGCAAGAUUAUAUUUUAAAAGGAUAAAAGGAAUGAACCAGUGAUUGCCAGCUGUUUAUUUAAGCACAUUUCACCCUCAAAUUUCUCCCCAAUUUCUAAAGAAAGAAAAAAGGUAUGAAAUGUCCAAGGAAGUUGUUUAGGAUCAUCGCUUGCUCUGUUCUGACAUUAUGGGCAAUGGAGACGGCUUCGCGUUCUUCCAGCUGCACUCAGUGAAAUUUUAAAAAGCUAUUCUUAAUGAAAAUAAAACAAUAGAAACAUUUUAGCUGUAUUAACCUUUGGAGGGAAUACUUGUGGAUAAAGCAUCAGAAUAAAACACUUUAUUUUCCUACUUUUACAAUAACAUAACAUGUCUUUUGGGUAAUUUUAAUGUUUUUUUUUUCACCCAUAUUUUUCAAAACAUCAAGUUUGUAACUAUACUGAAAUGUCAAUGACAAGCUUUCACUAAGCACUAAAAUCCCAAUUUCAUUGCUAUACUUCUAAGUAGUGAAUUUUAUGUGAAUAUUACAUGAAUGUAGCUUGUAAUGGCAGUUAGCUUUUUUUUGUAGAAACAAUGAAUUAACAUUGUAUUUAAACAUAAAUUGUGACUUUUUAGUCUUCAAGAAAAUGUACUCUGGUAUAAUGUAAAAUUAAUUGUAAGUUUGUUACUAAACAGACAGAUAUGUAUAAUGGUCCUAAACAUAUAUUUUUGCCUGUCCAAAUAUUCUAUAAAUUAUGCUCAAAAUAAGUAGAUUUGCAAUUAUACAUGUCAAUGCUUCAAGUGUAGUGGUGUUGUAUUAAAUGAUGCUGGUGCAAUUCAGGAUAUCAUUGUCUAGGGUUGGCUUUUUGGGGCCCUCUAGUAAAACAAAUAUAAAUGGUGCUUAAGAUGAUUAUGCAAUGGAAUUGAAAUAAACAAUUGCAUUAC